GGUUCAUUUUAUGGCAGACUAAGACACUUCCUGGAUGUGAUCGACCCUCGCACGCUCUUUGUAUCAGAGAAACGUUUAAAUGAAUGUAUGAAACUCUUGGAUCAGUUCAAAAAUGGAACUCUGCCUCCAAGUGUGACUAAUGUGCAGGUACGUUUGGGGGUUCAUUUUCUCCUGAAAUCAUCUCAGCACACGGUUCUCCUUUUCCUUUCAGGUUUUGUGCCCUUUGGUACUCCAGUGGUUGUAGGCCUCCUUUUACCCAAUCAGACAUUUGCUUCCACCAUCUUCUGGCAGUGGCUGAACCAGAGCCACAAUGCCUGUGUCAACUACUGCAACCGUAAUGCAUCUAAGCCUACGCCAAUGGCAACGUUUUUCCAGGGUUACCUCGGUGCAGUCAGCAGUGCAGUUACUAUUGCACUCUCCCUUCAUUUAGCAAGUGCCAACGUGUGUAAUGUUUUGCUGAUGCGCCACACUGAGCUGUCAGAGGGCAUCUGCGUACUGGACGACAAAGGCAAUGUGGUGGGCACCUCAAAGCUGGCUGCCAGGCAUGCUCUGAUAGAGACAUCCCUGACCCGUGUCGUGCUGCCCAUGCCUGUUCUCCUGCUGUCACCUUUAAUAAUGGCCAUGCUGGAGAGGUCAGAGGAGUUCUUGUGAAUUUGACAUUUCAGACUUGAGUUAUUUUUACAACACCAUCACACAGUUUACCUCAGAAA